AUGGAACUCCAUAUCAAGAUAGACUAUUCUGAUGUGCAAGGGCCAAAACAAAAUUUGAAGGUUUGCCCAAAGAAAUGGAAACUAGCUUCUCUUAAGAUGUUGAUCUGCAAAAAAAUUGCUCGCAGGACCGGUGGAUAUGGUGGACAUCCCUUGUCACACAUUCACACUCAGUAUGCUAAUGUUGAACUUUUGGAUCUAGAUUCAAUGACUAAAUGGGACAAAUGUCAAGUUGACUAUGAAUCAUUUUCUCCGUGCUUUAGAAGAUAG